AAAAACCAUCAGAUGGUUAAAGCUUUUGCUUUCUCAGUAAACUCAGUAAUCAUCACUUGGAGGAAGGCAAUUUAGUGUUUAAUCAUCGUAUUGAGCUGUGUGCUUUCGUCUGAUUCUUACUCAACCCCAAUCAUGUUUUUAUUUAAUCAUGUUGAGACAAGCCAGGAGAAAACAGUUAUUCUUCAAUGAUGAGUUUACUUUAUCUGUUUUGUUGAAAAGUGGGUGAAAGGCCAAUGUCAAUCUUAACCUUCAACAACAAUAUUUCCUAUCUCAAUUGGUUCGACAUUUAAUCUUACAUCUUUUAUUAUUGGUUCAAGUAUUAUUUUUUUGUUGUCUCUCACAUUACUGGACCAUUUGUUAAAAAAUCUGAAUGAUCUCUACCAGUUUAUUCCUAUUAUUUUUAAGUGCAUCGUGUUAACAAAAAAGAAUAGAUAGGAAUAGAAAGAUUUGUUGUUUUAAUCCGCCUCAAUAUUUAUACAUAAUUAUUGUUUAAAAGAAUCACCAUCAUUCCAAUUGAAUCCAACAAAGUUCCAUUAACAUACACAUCUGUAAACAUAUUUAUCAUCCACCGGUUAAAUUUGGAUAAUUAGCAUUUGUUUAUUAAUAAAAAACCCUACGGGACUCAACUCUAACACAACCACGAGAUGGUGCAAAAGUAUAAAUCACCCAUUAGGGUUUACAAAUAUCCAUUUGAGCUGGUUAUGAAGGCCUAUGAAAAACGAUUUCCAACCUGUGACAUGAUUCCAAUAUUCGUUGGUAGUGAGAUAAUCCAUGAGGAAGAAUCUGAUGAUGGUGCUGUUCAGAUCAUCGAAAGACGAUGUAAACUUAAUGUGGAAGCUCCUUAUUUAUUAAAAAAGAUGUCAGGAAUCGAUUAUUUCUAUUGUAUUCAAAGGAAUACUUUGGACAGAAGGAAAAGGACACUUGUUAUCGAAGCAUGGAAUGAAAGCUUUGCAUCAAGAAUACAUAUUAAAGAGUAUUGCACUUAUUAUGUGCAUCCAGAAAAUGCCGAGUGGACUUGUUUCGAGCAAUCGGCUAGUUUAGAAGUAAAAUCGUUUUAUGGACUGGAAAGUGCUGUUGAAAAAUUGGCAGCCAAACAUUAUGCAGCCAAUGUAAACAAGGGAAAGGAGAUAAUUGAAUAUCACAUUGAAGAAUUGAGAAAACAAGAUAUAACUUAUGUUCCGCCCUAUGUGGACCAGAUAACGUCAAAUUCGUGUAACAAUGAGAAAGAGUCAAUCCAUUAUCCAACGGCAAACAAUUAUUCUGCAAUUAUAUGACUGUUAUACCAUCAUUUUUGUAAUGAUAUAGUUCAUUUCAGUCUUGUGGUCUCCUCAUAACACCUAAUUCAUGUUUCACUCAAUCUCUUUUCAAUCAAACUCAUUCAAUCUUUCACACAUUCAGAAUACACACACAAAAUUGUUUCUCCUUUUGGCCUUCGAAUUUUGUCUUUCUUCUUUUCUUUCCAUUUACUUCUUCUGUUUCCUUUCCAUCUUUGCUCUCUAUCUUUGUUCUUUCAACUCUGUUCUCAAAAUCAUGGAGAAUUCAGAGAAUAAAAAACCAUCGGUCUGGAGAGUUUCUUCUCUUCAAAUCAGGCAAUCUCAAA